AUGUCUGGAAACUCAAACGUUGGUAACCGUGGCGUCUACGAGGCUGGCGACCAGAGGAACGCCCCCGAGUCUGAGAACACCCACGAGCGGUUCAACGAAGGAGUUGAGAACUCCCAUCUCAGCCUGGAUUCCAAGGAUGAGCGAUCAAUUGCCAACCGAUUGGCGGCCGAGGAGCAACAGAAAAGAGAGGAGGCCGAUGAUGACAUCGAGACACAACGGUUGAAGGAGGACCCUACUCUGCCUGCUCGCGCGCACGGUAAUGAGCCUUCAAGGGGCGCCAAGAUUGACGCUCAAAUCCAAGCACAGGAAGAAGAGGAGCUCAAGCGAAAGGGCAAGGCUUAG